AUGCAUGUCCUCUCUCUAGCCAGGGCUGGGCUGCCACCCACUGGAGUUGCUGUCAGAGUGAAUCACAUUGAGUUUGGGGACUGUGCAGUCGGGAAGCUCUGCGACAAGACCUUCGCAGUCACCAACCGCAGCAAGGAGGAGGUGAUGCGGUUUGAGUGGCCGGCAGACGCCCCGUUCCAGUUCUCCCCCAAGGUGGGACACCUCCAGCCUGGCCGUGCCAAGGAUAUCAAGGUGACCUUGAAAUCCAACGUCCCGGUCACCUUCAAGAGGCACUCUGUGACGUGUAAGGUGGCCAAGAUCAAGUACCAGCUGCCACCAGAGGAAGAUUACGACUGGGACGACGAAAUGCGCAUGGUCCAGUGGGAGGAUACCUCCGAGAAACGCCCAGGAGCCCGCUGGCCUCUGAAGCGGAAGGUGGCCAGGGCACUCCAGGAACCAUCUCACACCGUCCUGGGUGAGAGCAGCUACGAGGUCGAGCUCAGUGCUCGGGUUGGCUACGCCAAGUACAAACUGGACACGGCUGAGGUUCAGUUCAAGAAGACCGAGCUCUUCCAGACAGAGACAAGCACUUUCCAGAUGUACAAUACAGGGAACAUAGCCCUGAAAUACUCCUGGGAGGUGGCUCUGGAAGAGGAAAGACCAUUGAAGCGUGCUGGGAAGCCGUUCUCGAAAACUCUGAUGAGUUGUUUCUUGCCCUCUGCUGCUGUGGAGCAGAGGCUCAAGCCUCGUGCAAAGCCGCUCGAGUCAGCUGAGCCCAAAGGAACUGAGCCCAAAGAAACUCAGCCCAAGUCAACCCAGCCCAAAGCAGCUCAGCCUCAGACAUCGACUCAGGCCAAGCCAACUCAGGCCAAGCCAACUCAGCCCCAGUCAAGUCCGGACCGUUCCAAGCAACCGCCCUACUCUUUGAAGCCUGUUAGUUCCUCCAUGGAAUCGCUUCCAGACGACAUCAAUGACCCACCGCUGUUCUCCGUCGAGCCCCACUGCGGUACCAUCCCUGCUGGCCAGAAGCAGAUUUUCCAUGUGAAAUUCUGCCCGAUGCAUGUGGGGAAAUUUAAGGCCAAAAUACUGUGCAGUCUUUCUAACCUGAAGUCAUCUCAGAAGAGCCCAUCGCUGUCUGUGAUGGGGGAAGGCCACUUGCCCAAGACGGAUCAGAAACGGACUACGUCACUGCCAAAAGGGGAAACCCAGAGCAGCAAACCCAAGAAGAAGGUGCAGUCAUCAAAAUGAGAGUGACACCCUUUGUGUCCUCUGCUCUCCUCCUGCUCAGGGUUUCCCAACCUUCAACAGAGACCUCCCCAGUUACUUUUCCAACGCCCAACACCCAUCUCUACCUCAUCUACCUAAAUAAACUGUGUUUCAAUGCACGAGUUUUCUCACUGUUACUCUUCCAGUUCUCUCCCGCAUUCCAUAGGAGGGGAGUGAGCUGUGUGGUCCUUGGUUGUGAGCUGGGGCUCAGCCAUCUCCAGGAAAGCAGGUGUGA